CCCGGUUGCCAGGAUGCUCUGUGGCGUCGCAUUCUCAUUGGUUGGCGACGGUGGGCGAGGCGCCCAGAGACAGCCAUUUCCAACGAGCUGGCGUGGGCGAAAGAUGGCGACGCCCCUCGGGUGGUCGCAGGGGGGCUCUGGAUCAGUGUGUCUCGCCUUCGAUCAACUGCGGGACGUGAUCGAAUCUCAGGAGGAACUGAUCCAUCAGCUGAGGAACGUGAUGGUUCUCCAGGAUGAAAAUUUUGUCAGUAAAGAAGAGUUCCAGGCAGUGGAGAAGAAGCUGGUGGAAGAGAAAGCUGCCCACGCCAAGACCAAGGUCCUCCUGGCCAAGGAAGAGGAGAAGUUGCAGUUUGCCCUCGGAGAAGUAGAGGUGCUAUCUAAACAGCUGGAGCAAGAGAAGCUGGCUUUUGAAAAGGCGCUCUCCAGUGUCAAGAGCAGAGCCCUGCAGGAAUCCAGCAAGAAGGACCAGCUCAUCACCAAGUGCAAUGAGAUUGAGUCUCACAUUAUAAAGCAAGAAGAUAUACUUAAUGGCAAAGAGAAUGAGAUUAAGGAGUUGCAGCAAGUUAUCAGCCAGCAGAAACAGAUCUUCAGGAAUCACAUGUCUGACUACCGGAUCCAGAAGCAGCAGGAGAACUACAUGGCCCAAGUACUGGACCAGAAGCAUAAGAAAGCCUCAGGGACGGUUCAGGCCCGGAGCCACCAGCGCCCCAGGGAAAAAUAAAAUGGUCGUCGCCUUCCUGUUCUUUGGCUGUAAUGCCCGACCUCUGCCUUCUCUGCUGUGGGGGUCCCCAUCCCUAUCCUUCCUAUCCCUGUGGGUCCUGGCCCUUGCCACCACCGGCCUCACCAGGGGCCUGAUUCCCAGGGAAGAGACAGGGGAAGAAGUGAAAGGUGCUUUUUUUUCCCUUCCUGCUUGCCUUCUGGAGGACCUUUGUGACAGAGGGAAAAUCAAGUUACCAGGGACUUGGAGGGGGACAGGGCUUGGACCACUGCCUUGUAGGCCACUCCUGAGCUUAGAAAAGGAUGCUGCCCAAGUCUCCAGCCCCUGCCACUUCCCUCCCCCUCUUAGGUAGUAGGGAGAGGGUAAGUGGGGGGGUGUAGCCUAGGGGAGGACUAUUUUGUUGUCUAAUAGGCACUGUCCUUCCUACUCUUGGUACUUAAUCCCUCCCUAUGUAAACAGCUCUGGUUACCCCUGGUUACCUGUAAACACCCCACCCCCCUCCCAGCGCCCUGGUAAAUUUAACUCUCCCAACUUGGCUAU